CUAGUUGUGAUGCUAAAAUACCGGCGAUACCGUAGGUAACCGCAGCGCAAUGGAUCAUCAAGUAUAGACACCUUUAGAUAAGAUUAUUUUGAGCGUGUUAAGGUCUUAUUAAUUUUCAACGAUAUAUCGGCUUGUGGCUCGGUGAACGACGAUUAAAAUGUCUGGUUUCGACGAGAAUCCCUUCGCGGAACCAAGCAUCAAUGAUCCGUUUGCGGAUCCUGCAAUAAGAAGAGCUGUAUCCUCAACACCAGCUAACAGAGGCUUGGAAGAUUAUAAUCCAUUUGCAGACCAAGGUUCCCAAGGAACUGCACAGGUCAGAGGUGCUGCAAAUCCUCCAAUCUAUGGAGGAGUUGGAGCAACACAACCAGCCACUCUUCAGCCCUCAAAUCAAGAAGCUCCACCAACUAAUUACACGCGUACUCCUCAACAAACAGUGAAUGCAGCACUUGGAAGCACAUUGUCUCCUACUUCAGAUCAAAGAUCAGAGCCAGAAUGGAAAGCAAGAGCAGAAGAGGAUAUGAGAAGUUCAGCAUAUUAUCCAAAACCACACAACUGGCCACCUUUACCUGAUAAGUGUUGCUUCCAACCUUGUUUCUACCAAGAUAUAGAUGUGGAAAUAAGUACAGACUUUCAGAAGGUGGUCAGGCAACUGUAUCAUCUCUGGAUGUUUCAUGGUUGUGUCAUGGUUCUAAAUGUUUUCGGUGGAUUCGUGCUAAUCUUAUGUAACGAAAGGUUUUCAACAUUUGGUCUUGGAAUAUUAUAUCUUAUACUUUUUACUCCAUUUUCGUUCUUGUGCUGGUACAGACCAGCCUACAAAGCUUUUAAGAAUGAUAGCUCUUUCAACUUCAUGGUGUUUUUCUUUGUCUUUUUCUUUCAAUUAAUCGUAACAGCAAUUCAGGCUAUAGGCAUUCCUGGCUCAGGAACUUGUGGUAUAAUAACAGCUAUGAUGAUGUUCGAUAAGUCCGCGAAGGGGAUUUUUGUUGGCCUUUUGUUGCUGUUCAUCGCCUUUGGUUUUGUUCUUGCUGCGUGCGGUGAUCUUCUGUUAUUGACGAAGAUCCAUCGCAUUUAUCGUUCGUCAGACGCGAGCGUUUCGAAAGCACAACAGGAAUUUGCAACAACAUUUUUGCGCAAUGAACACGUGCAAACUGCUGCGAGUAACGUUGCCGCCAACGCUGUCCGCACCCAAAUGGCUAAUGCUGCUAAUCAACCACGCUACUAAGCGUGAUUUUGCUACCCUCCAGAAUUUAUUCUUCAGGUACUCUGAUGUUUUACUUAUCAGUAAACCGAUAGAUCAUAGUUUCGAUGCUUUUGUAUCGAAACGAAAUUAUGUCGUCUUACAUUGGAAAAUUAUAAUGUAAAUUAUAAUCUUUUGAAUCAUGUUUUAUUUUUCGUGCAUGUUUUGUUGAAAUUAAUCGUAUAAUUAAUUAGCAGAGUGUACACGAAUACUCUUAACAGAUGCUUAUAAAUUAUCAUAUCUUUUUCGCAGCAGUAUUUUAUACUGGAAUAAAACAUACUGUUUGUACAAGUGUGUGCGUUUAUGUACUACUUAACAUAUAUUUCAUACGUUUAAUUUAAAAAGGAAAAAGGAGGCACGGAAUAAUUUAUCAUGUAGUAGGAGUGAGCUCAUAAUCAUAUCAGUAAUUCUUAUAUUAUUGCUUCUAUUAUACAUCAAAUAUAUUUGCUAGCUUUUCUAUUUUAGAGUGGCACUUUUAUUCAUGAUGUUGUAAUCAUGCGCGAUUUAUACGAUGGAAAAGCGUAUUCGGUUUGCUGAAAAUCAAAAUAAUUUUAUAACACAGUUGUAUCCACGAGUUCGUAGAGUUUAAUCUUCAUUUGUUGUGUUGAUAAGCGUUAACUUAAUUACCAAUUAUACGAAAAUGAAACAUCUUUAUAUCUAUCCCAAUAUUGUCCUAUACAUUCCUUGCAACAUGUAAUAUAUGGCCUUUCCUUAUUAAGUACUUGUUAUCUAGCACCAUAAAAUAUUAUAUCACUUUGUAAAGUUUAAUCUAUAUAGAUAAAUAGGGGAUAUUUUGAAAACAAAUAACUUUUACAUACGUUUAACUAUUUAUUAAUUAUCGAUAAAUUAUUUGUAGCCUACAAAAACAAAUAAUUGGGUUAUAUCGUUGCUGUUACUUUAUUGGAUGUAUCCAAAAAUGUCCGAAUGAAGUGGGAAAUUAAUAUCGAGUAGAAAAAAAGAAUGUUCGGGAGAUAAAAAUAAAGAAUUAAAUGUAUCUUGUUA